UUUCCAUAGGUGGUCUGUGCUGUUCUGAACAAAGCAAGUGAUCGCUUAGUGGCUGGGGGAAUAAUGCCUAAAACAUGUCAUGUCUCUCGCUUCUUAAAGAACUACUGCUGGAACACCAAUGCUGGAAGCAGAGGUCUUAUACUCUGGACUUGACAGCCUUGCAGGCUUCUGGGCUCGUCUCUUCUCCGCUAUGAGUAGGUCAACAGGAUUUAACAUCUGUGUGGUCGCCUGCAGCAUCCUGCUCUUGUCCUCCAGCCCACCAUGCCUGGCAUCUCAGCUGCUGGAGGAGAGGGACAUGACAAAGGUCCAGCAUGGGCCCUGGGCAGGGAACGGGCUAGAAGAUGAAAGAACAAGCAUGCUGAGCUUGCAAAAUAACCUGGCCCCUUCUGAGCAGACUGCAUCUGAAGAGCCAUGUGGAGUGUCAGCAAAGCCCUCUGAGAUGCCCUUCACUGAAGCUUUCACUGCAGAAGGAGAAAUGCUGCCUGUAAGCCCAAGCCACAUCAUCCCAAGCAGCCAGAGCCUGGGUGCUCACACCUCUGCUGUGGCUGCCACAGGUGGAGAGGAGUUUGAUCCCACACAAUCAGAGCUGGAUGAGGAUGCUGCAUUCAAGGCCAUGCUGACCACAGCUGUGACCACGCUGACUCCUUCUGUCCAGGAUGAGUCUGUCAGUGGCCCCACUGGUGAGACCACCAUGGGGGGUGGUGGUGAAGUUGAGCCCAGCUCUGCUGGCCUCUCAGCAAACCCCCUUUCUGGGCCAGCUGAGGAGGAGGCAGAGACCAGCUCGCUCCCCUCAGCUGCACCCCGGCCCACGCUGCUCCCCAGUUCUCCCAGCUGGGAAACAGUAAGUGACCACCACGUCAUCCCAACUACCCCGGCUCCCAGUGUGACCUCUGAGGUGGGAACACCCAGAGCUCACACAGGGAGCCCUCUGAAGUCCCUGGCUGUACGGGUGUCCAUGGCUGUGACACGUCCCUUCACGACAACCGAGGCCUCCCUCCACCUGGAAGCUGGGACGGGUGUCGAACAAGAUCUGCCUGUCACAGCUGGCACUGUCACCAUCCACCCUACGGACAUGGUGCCAACUGACUGGGAUGACACAAAACUAAGGGACGUAAGUCAAGUCACAUCUCAUGAGGAGGUAACAGGGAACCAGGGAGCAACAGAACCAUCCCAGACCCUGCAGGGAGGUGUGGGGGAGGAAGAGGAUGCACCAGGAGUGCUGCCGUCCCCAGUGUCUCCUCCACCAACUCCCGAGCUUGCUGAGGAGACCAACUGCACAGAGCUGGUGCGAGGGGAGGAGGUGUCGGCAGCUUCCACAGGCAGCAGUGAUGCUCUCCACACUGCAAACCUGACGGGUGUGCAUGCGGCUCAUCUCAACUCGCUGGAAAACAUAAACACAGUCACAGCAGAGGAGGGGAAAAGCAUCCUGCUGUCCCAGCCGGAGGCUGCUGUGGUGACAGAUACACAGUCUGAUUUCUCUCCUACUCUGGAAAGCUCAUGGAAAGGUGUCACUUGGGAGGUGACAACAGCUGCCCAGGAGCUCGAUGCUGCUUUGUCAGUGGUGACACUGGUGCCUGGUGCUACCCAGGGGACAGGAGCCACAAGCAUCCCCCAGGAGGACAGUGGGGAGGACACCCAGAUGCCAACUGUUCCUAGUGCCACCCAGAUGUUGGUGGCAACUGGUACUUCCUCUGCAGCAAAUGCUCCAGAAUUAGAAGAUCAAACAGAUGUCCUGGUCACCAGUGAGGAGGCUGUUCCAGUUGCUGGUGAGUUGUCUGCUACCCAGUCUGGACAGACAGAGGAGCCAUCCAGCAGAACUGUGGUCCUGGUAACUCCAGCACCAAUGGCACCUUCUGUCAGGAGGACAGCUCUUCCAUCCGUCAGGAGGAUCAGUACGGCUGUGACCUAUGGGCUGGACCGCCUGGAGUCAGAAGAGGCUGAGGAAGAGGAUGAAGAAGAGGAAGAAGAAGAGGAGGAGGAAGAGGAAGAUGAGGAGGAGAAAGACAUGGAUUCGUUGGAUGAAAGCAUGGAGGGCGACACGGAGCUGCCAGGUUUCACACUUCCAGGCGAGACCUCCCAGGAGCCCAUAGCCGGCCUGGAAAACCCUGUGGCCCAGCUGGCCGGGGUGUCCUACCAGGUUCCUGACACCAUCGAGUGGGAGCAGCAGAACCAGGGUCUGGUGAGAAGCUGGAUGGAGAAGCUGAAAGAUAAGGCUGGGUACAUGUCGGGGAUGCUGGUUCCUGUAGGAGUCGGAAUAGCCGGAGCCCUCUUUAUCCUAGGAGCACUCUACAGCAUUAAGAUUAUGAGUCGCCGAAGGAGAAAUGGCUCAAAGAGACAUAAAAGAAAGCAGCGAGAAUUUAACAGCAUGCAAGACCGAGUCAUGCUCUUAGCUGACAGCUCUGAAGAUGAAUUCUGAACCGAACUGCAGUGCCCUUGUGAGAGCCCGUGACUUUGCAAAAGAGGGAGGGGGAGGAAAACAAACAAACAAACAAAUAGAACAAACAACUUUCUGCUGCAUCGCUGCUCUCCACCACCCCAAGCCACCGAGCAGUGGUCGGUACCACCCCGGCGAAACAGCAUGCUCUGCUCUACGUGUACCGCCCAGUGACGUGUGUUUUGAUACCGUAGUGAGAUUCCACAUUCGCACCCGGCGCCUCAUUCAGAUCCACAGCGCGUCUUGUUACAGCUGGAGCUGAUACAUAUGGAUGAUUCUUUUUUUCCUGUUAUCCUGGUGUGCUGUUUUUGGUCCUGGCUGGCAGUAAUCUAAUCAUAACAAUAGCUCUCACCUAACCCGGGAAUGGAAAUCUUUACUGUGAAUGACUUCUGUCUGAUUUGUUAAUUUUUAAAUGUUACAUAACCUGAGCUAGAGUUCAUUAGUGCUAAGAUUAGCUGCUCUGCUUAAUUAAUGAGUUAUACACUUGAACUGUAUCCCUUGCCACCUGAGAAGUGCCCGACUACAGUAUGGUUGAUACAGUUUGAAGCACAUUUCUGCACUCAGUUCCCCGACUCUCACCCCUUCUUUCUUCCUUCAGCUCUGCUCCACGCUUCUUGGAGACACACAGGAAUGGCCUCGACACUUGAUUCACAACAAAAAUCUUAGUCCAUUUUCAACCAGCACUGUCUGUUACAGCACAAUAAAUACCAGCGCUCACCUACUGACGGAUAGUCUUGCAUGGACCUCGUAGCUUUUGUUCAGUGUGCAAGUAGGUAAGAGAAGAGGCAGGUCAAGGGUUUCAUCAGCUUCUGCCUCCUGUUUGAAGGACAUUAGUUAUUGGUUCAUCUCUUCCACAAGGCUGCAUUCACCUAGAGAUGAAAGUGGAGCUCUGUCUCCUUUACCCACUGGAAAUGGAAUUUUCAGCCCUUGAAAGCUGCAUGAACAGCAGCACCUCUGGGGCAUCUGGAUGGGUCUUGUCUCCAGGCCACCAAAUGCAGACAGGCACCAAAGACUGCGGAGUGGGUGACUGUCGGUGUUGAGGGGUUCAUAGCUAAUGAUGUCAAGACAGCUAGAAAGAGGGCUGUGUUACUUUAUUUCUGCUUCUGCUUGUGAAAUGACUUCAGUCUGACAUUUAUGCAAAAUAUCUAUGUUCAUGAGGUGGGAAUCACUGUUGUGUAGGGAAUCAUUCUUCAUACAAGGAGCAGCGGCUGUUGCCAAAGGAGACCUGACGAGACAAGUAAGGCCAGACCGCACAUCUGCUGAGAUUAAAUCCCACUGAGCCUUUGAAGAAGUGGGAUGGAUGAGAGUUUGAGGAGGGGUACGUGCAGAUUUAAUUCCCUGUAGAAGUGAAAAGGCUUGUCAGAUUGUGAAGGGCACAUACAGAUGAUGGGAAGCAAGUGUCUUGUGGGCGUGUGAGUGGGUCUACAAGGAAGACAGGACAUUUAGAAACUCUCCUAAGGCUCAGUUCUUUCUUGAGAGGGUCAGGGCCUCCUCUGGACCAGAGGUCAUCAAGCAGUGCUCUUCAGAGCCCAGGUUCUUUCCUGUAGGCCUUACCCACACAUCUACUGAGUCACCUCAAGAAGGACAGGCAGGACAACCUGUAUUCAAAAUGCUGCUACUGAUGCUAGUCUUCCAGUUGAAAAGCUGUGCAUGGUCCCUUGCACAUCCAUCCCACUGAGUGUGUGGGUUGGGGGAGGCACAGUAAAACCUGGUCCAUCAACAUCUUGGAGAGUCUUCAUACCCCCAUCCCUCUAGAAUGGGCUUUCCUGGACAGGGCUCUACAGUGCUUGCAUCUCUCUUUUCAUUCCUGAGACUUUGACCAAGACAAUUUUGCCUUGCUAAAAGCAGUCCCACAUCUUUAACAGCCCAAUGUGAAGUCCAGGAGCCUCUAUCCAAAGUUGAAGCCUCUUUCUGCCAUAGCAAGUGAUCAGUUAACUAAGUGAUCAGUAACUAAGAAGUUUUCCUUCUGGACUGAUCUCUCUAUUUCCUUUGCAUUCCCAGGUCUCUUGGAGCUUGGAGGUGGUUGGGAGGUGUCUUGCAGUUUCAGGAAUCAGGAAAUGUUGUCCCUUGGGCUCUCUGAUGAUUUGUUCCUGGCAAGGCUUGAUGAGAGUUAAGUUGCAAGGUGGAAUGACUUCUCCUCCUUUCUGGUUUGCUUGAGAUCACCUCCAGAAAGGCUUGACCUUUUAAGUACAGCUCCAGGCAGGCUGGGAACAAGGCUACAGAGGCAGCUGCAAGAUGUUCUUGCUUUACUUUAGUCCAGCCAAGUCUUGGAGCAGAAAGGUUGGUAGCUGGGCUGGCUGAGUCCUUUGCAUCAUGCAACUGUAGCCUGAAAGAGAGAAUCAAAACAACACUGGAAAAGAGGAGCUGUCAGCGAUACCGCAGAACAGAGCAGAUGUACCAGCAGGACCCAGGCAGCCGGGGAUCAGCAGGGUGUUGGCAAUAGCAGCCUGUGGAGGACAGGCUCCUCUCGCUUCGCUGUUCAUGUGGAGUGUUCGACAACGACACAAGUAACACAGAGCUCCUGGCUGGUCGGGAGGAGGAGGGCUGGCUGAGCGAGGCUGCUGGUCUAAGUCCCGCAGCUCCAGCAGUGCGGGAAGAGCUUUAUGGAUGGGUUGUCUGUUUGAUGGAUUGGGAGGGCUGGCUGGGAGGUGCCAUGGCCUUUUGUUGUGCUGAUAAAUCCACAUUUUGGGAAACACUGACAGUUUCCCUGUCUCUUAUUGCAGCCUUUGUGUACUUAAAAGGGGCCUGUAAGAAAGAUGGGGACAGACUUUUGAGCAGGGCCUGUUGUGACAGGACGAGGGGUGGUGGUUUUAAACGAAAGGAGGGAGAUUCAGGCUGGACAUGAGGAAGAAAUUGUUGCCCUGAGGGUGGUGAGAGCCUGGCCCAGGUUGGGCAGAGAGGUGGUGAAUGAACCAUCCCUGGAGACAUCCCAGGCCAGGCUGGACGGGGCUCUGAGCAACCUGAGCUGGUGAAGAUGUCCCUGCUCAUGGCAGGGGGGGCACUGGGGGAGCUUUGAAGAUGCCUUCCAACACAAACUAUUCUAAGAUUAUUCUUCUCUCUGCUCAACAUAAUGAAAUCAGCAGUCCCACAAGUGGGGCUGACAAGUGGUUUCAAAUAUCAGAGUGGUUAUAUGGCAAGUGUGGUGGGACAAAAUGGGCAUGGAGGGGAGUUGUAGGCCAAGGAAGGCCCAGCUGCACGCACAGUUGGCUGUUGGCUCUCUGGUCUGUGCUGGAGCUGGCCUUGUGGGAUAGAAGAGCUGCCCAAAGUUUUUGUUUGAGGUCCAGCUUCACUCCCAGGCCUGUUUCUCAGUCUGAACACCACAAACCAAGACGCCUUGGUUGAGACCUGCUCGUUGGCAGAACACUGCUUUGGUAGGCCAACUUUCUGAGCUGCUCAGCAGUGCAGGGAGAUCUCAACUGAUGCCCAUUUGAAGCAGAGGUGUUUGUUGAGCAGAUGUUUUCAGUCAGGCACCUGCCCCAGAGCCUGGAAGUCCCUCAUGUCUUCAGCUUAGCUAUUCUUUAUGUGGAAGCAAGAUGGACAGUCAAAACCAGCCUUGGGUCGCAGGGAAGACUGUAGGAUCCUUUGGAACACAGCGUUUUCUUCAGCUCCCCUGACAUCGGUGUCAUUUCUGGAGGUCCUUAAAGCACAAGAAUUAUUCAGCUCCUUCCUUGCUCUUCUAAGCCACUAGACUUUGGAUUUGCCUCUUCAAAAUAUUCUCUAUAUGACCCCUGGAGUUUGAUUCAUUUGCUUCAAAUUAUCAGAGUGCAGACAGAGAGGGGAGGAGAGUUUUAAGUUGGAGUUGAAGUCUCCAGUCUCUUAACACUCUACAGAUUUAAUCGAUAACUCUGCAUUGCCAAACAAGCAGAUUAUUUUGAAAGAGACAGGUCAAGAAAAAGCAGCCAAGAAGGGUCCUCCUCAUCCUCUGUGCUGGGUGAACCGCCCACCCCUUAAUGCAGAGGUGGGUUGUGACAUGUCUAACGCAGCCUUGGCCCCGUGCAACGGCUGCGACCGAGACUUUGCUGCAGCAAUAAUAACCCCUCGACUCAGCACAAGGCGAGGUGCUCACCUCCGUUUUCCUGUGGAUGCCCAGCUUGGGAUUUCUCAAGAGCACAAGCCAGAAUUUACUGGAGGCAUCACACACCCGCUUCAGCAUCCACAGCCCCAUUUCCAAUGGGAGGAACCAGCCUGCCAGACGUGCAGCUCUUGCCCUGAUGAAAUGCAUCUGCACUCGACAGCCGCUGGAUUUUAAAGGUGUCUCUUACUCCAGAUGUUCACCUAGGUGAGGUUUCUCUGGACUGCACUGCUUCCAUAGAGCGAUAUUAGCAGUCCUUGCGCUUUCUUGUGGUUUUCUAUUUCGGACAAGAACAACUCCUCAUACUGUAACUAUGGAAUGUAGCACUUUGUUAAAUUAAAACACCAGGAAAUAAAAAGCUGUCCAUCAUAACUGA